GACUCGUUGGUUCUCUGUGAGGUCAGAGGUCACUGCACGCGGAAGCUGAGUGUAGUCUGGUUUUAUGUUUUCUCAUGAUGAUAUUUUCCUCUGCGGUGUUUGUCUCUCCAUAAACCAGUAACCUUACAAUAAGUGUUUCUUCUUUUUGCUGCCAGGAGGCUGACUCAUGUUAGGUUCUCCAAAUGUCUGCCACAAUGACCACCAUCGUCCAUGACACUACAGAGGCGGUGUGUCUCUCCUCUGACUACAACCUGUACCUCAAGCCCAUUGCCAAAGUGACCGUCAGUGUGGCUCUGCCCCAGCUCAAGCUGCCGGGCAAAAGCAUCUCCAACUGGGAGGUAAUGGAGAGGGUAAAGGCCAUGGUUGCUCCGGAGCAAUUUUCAGCCUUGCGAAUCUCCAAGAGCACCAUGGACUUCAUCCGCUUUGAGGGCGAGGUAGAAAACAAGACGGUGGUCAAGAGCCUGCUGAGCCGUCUGGAUGUGAAGUGCAUCAAACUUAGUGGAUUUACUGAUGUACUGAAGGUCCGUGCGGUAGAGAACAAAGUGGACUUCCCUACACGUCACGACUGGGACUCCUUCUUCCGCGACGCCAAGGACAUGAAUGAGACUCUGCCGGGAGAGAGGCCUGACACCAUCCACCUGGAGGGACUUCCUUGCCGCUGGUUCAGCCAGAAGGACAGCCCGUACCCAGACCGACCCUCUGAAGAGGUCCUCAUUGUGGUCUUCCAGACAUUUGGCAAGGUGCGAAAUGUUGACAUCCCCAUGCUGGACCCAUACAGGGAGGAGAUGCUGGACAAGAACUUCAACACAUUCAGUUUCGGCGGUCAUCUGAACUUUGAGGCGUAUGUCCAGUACCAGGAGUACGGCGGCUUCACCAAGGCUAUGGACACUCUGCGCAGCAUGAAGCUGAUGCUGAAAGGAGAAGAUGGAAAGGCAGUGGCCUGCAACAUCAAGGUGACCUUUGACACUAGCAAGCACCUGAGUGAGUUGGCUCUGAAGAGGAGGAGCCUGGAGAGGCUGAAGCUACAGGAGCUGGAGAGGCAGAGAGAGGAGCAGAAACGACGGGAGAAGGAAGAGGAGGAGCGGCGUAAGGAGGAGGAGAGGAAACAGAAGGAGCAGGAGGAGGAGGAGAAAGAGAGGAGGAAGGAAGAGAGGAUACGAAAGAGAGAGCAGAAGCUGCGGGAGAGAGAGGAGAGGAGGAACCUGAAGAAGGUGAGGCGACAGCAGGAAGAGGAGCAGAAGAAGCUGCAGAUGAAGAUCGCCAUGGAGGAGAGGAGGCUGCUGCUGGCUCAGCGCAACCUGGAGUCCAUACGGCUCAUUGCUGAGCUGCUGGCCAGGGCCAAGGCCCUGAAGCAACAGCAGCAAGAGAAAGAGCGGGCAGAACGUGAGGAGCGGGAAAUGCAGGAGCAGGCUCGACAGAAGGAGGAACUAGCUCGUCUUCAGCAGCUGGAGGCCUGCCGACGCAAGCAGGAGCAGGAGCUCCGGAGGGUGGAGGUGGAGAAGGACCGAGCAAUGGAGCUCCAGCGCCGUGAGAGGGAGCUGAGGGAGAAACUGCUUUGCAACCUGUUAAAGAAGGGCAGCAGUAAAACCACAAGACCUUCAGGCACGCAGGACCAGGCCGGCCCUGUACCGAGCGAGGAGGCCUCUGAUCCCGGUGGCAGUGAUGUGAUGUUGGGGGUCCUGGGCCGGGUCUACGGAGUGAAGGCAGCUGAGAGCAAAGAGAAGCAGGUGGCCAAGUCCAGUGUGCAUUCACAAGUUUUGGGCAAAAACAGAACAGCCGAGGAGAGGAGGGGAGGGGAGGGCAGAAAGAAAGACAGAGAGGGAAAGAGGGAAGAGGUGGCGAGGAGCAGGCAGACUAGGGAACAAGUCAGGGACCAAAACCGCUCCCACAGAGAGAGGAGCUCCCACAGCCGGGGGAGGAGGAGGCGCUCCCACAGCAACGGCAGAAGGAGAAGGAGCUCCAGCCACCGUAGGAGGAGCUCCAGUCGUCAGAGGAGGAGCCUCAGUCACCGCGGCAGCAGGAGGCGCAGCCACAGCAGCAGGAGCACAAGCUCCAGCCGGGACAGGAGCCGGAGCAGCAGCGGGAGGAGUUACAGCAGAGGGAGGAGCAGCAGGCGUAGUCACCGUAGACACAGCAGAGGCAGCUCUAGGACCAGCAACAAAAGUAGAGACCGGAGGAGUCACAGCCAUUACAGAUACAAGAGACACAGCAACAGUAGAGGCAGGAGUCACUCCAGACGACGCUGAUCUCGUCAAUAUUAUCAGUUUAUUCUCUGAUAUACUCCCCAUAUCUGGGCUCACACCUAAAGUUCAACGAGUUUAAGAAGAAUAGACCUUUUUGGUCUUUUAAUUAAGUAACGUGACACCAAGUGCACCAAAUGGCUUUCUCCAGAAUAGGGCAGCUUGAUUAAAAAAAACAAGUAAUCUUAGAUAUAAAAGUAAAAUCAACUCCACAGAAUCAACUGAAACAACAUAUGUAAGUGUACCCUGUAUGUGUGUAAGGCAUGUAAAUUGUUGCAGUUGAUUCUAGGGAGUUGCUUUUACCCUUUUUUAGUUGUUUCUUUUUCACAUUUCAUGCUGUUGGAUUGAAGCUGCUACCUGUGAAUUUCAUGGGAUAAUACACAAAAUGUGCUAUUAAUACACUAAAACUCUGACAGGAAGAAACAUAUCAGGUUAUUUAAAUUUGAUUCAAAGUCAUUGCUCCAUUAUAUAAUCAUCGAUAUUAGUUACAUAUAGUACGUUGAGAACAUUGACUGGCUGGUAGAUGUUUGAAUAUCAGAGGCUUACUGUAUUUAUAGAUUGACACGACAGUCUAACUCUUCUCUGAACCCAAAAGCCUGUUGAUAAACUCCAUUUUCUGCAAGCAAGUUGUCUUUGUGCAUGAAUAACAGUGAGUUAUAGAAAGUGGCAAGUACAAAUUGUGUUUGUCAUUUUGAUGUGGCACCAGCCUGUGAAGCCUGACUAAAGAAAAUAAAACAAAGCAUUGUGUACUGAAGUAUAAUCACACACUUUCAGACCUCAUGGCUGCCAUAGUCAUGGAAGACUUUUUUAAGUGGACUACUGGCUGCUGUUCCGUUACAAAUGUGAAAUCUCCACAGACCAUAAGAAACAUACCUCUAUGUUUUGGCUGACCUGCAAACUGAUUUUCGUCGUCCUGUGUUAGCUGCCUGAAAUAUUUCGUGGACUACUGCUUCAGUGUUAGCUGUGUUGCUGAUAAGCAGCUCAGAAAAAAAACACUCGACUGAAUUUUAAAACGGACUUGUCGUCGAGCUCGACCAAGCAGCACCAUUUUUGAUGAUCACAAAGUUUCCGCUGACUUGAUUUCUUUUAGUUUUUUUUUGAAUUUCUGAAUGUUUGGAAGAAGUUUGUUAGAAAAAGAAAAGUGAUUUUGUUGUGUGAAGACUUGAUAUAGUAAGACAUAUUGGACCUGCCUCAGCAAGCAGUGUAAUCCCUCUUUUCCUCUAUCGACAAAGCUUUGGUCAAAGUUUAAUCAUUGUUUUUUGGAAACCAGCUUCAAGUCAAACCAGCACAGUACCAAGUAAAAAUGGGAUUUUAGGAUGCUUUCAUGUUCACAAUUUAGUGCUGGAUACAUUUCUUAGCCUUACUAGUAACUGUACAGACUGUUCUCUUUGCUGUAUUUCAGCUUUGGGGAAGUCAAUCAAGUCAAAUAGUUUUGUUGAGACUGCUACGUCGACAUUGUUACUUGUCAUGGCAAAGCCCAUUUUGUUCUUUGUGCUGUAUGCUCAUGAUCUACUAGAGCAUGUCUUGCAUACACAUUGUUGAAAUAAAAAUUCAAGCUGAAAACUUU